AGUAACGCCGCGUAAGAAAAACCUUUCGGUCUAAACAUUUCGUCGAACGCCAGCGGCGAGUCGAGCUCGAGCUCGAGCCCCAGUCACCGCAGCCAUGCUCCUCACGAAACCCUACCUCUCCAACUCGCUCCUUCCAGUCCCAUCCCCGCCGCCGUCGGGCCCUACUCUCAGCUCCAACCAUGCAAGCCCCCUUGCCGCCCCUACUUGCCGUCGCAGCCGCCUCCGCAUCUCCGCCACAUCCACGGCUGCGCCGUCUCCUUCGUCGGCUGCCGCUGCCACCGCGUCGCUGAGUCGAGUGGACGUGCUCUCGGAGGCGCUCCCUUUUAUUCAGCGAUUCAAAGGCAAGACGGUGGUGGUCAAGUACGGCGGUGCGGCGAUGAAGUCCCCGGAGCUGCAGGCGUCCGUGAUCCGCGAUCUCGUGCUGCUCUCCUGCGUCGGCCUCCGCCCCGUGCUUGUUCACGGCGGCGGUCCGGAGAUUAAUUCCUGGCUGCUGCGCGUCGGCGUCGAGCCGCAGUUCCGCGACGGCCUCCGCGUCACGGACGCGCUCACCAUGGAGGUCGUCGAGAUGGUGCUAGUCGGGAAGGUCAACAAAAACCUUGUUUCCCUCAUCAACAUCGCGGGAGGCACCGCCAUUGGUCUGUGCGGCAAGGACGCGCGCCUUAUCACCGCUCGCCCGUCUCCAAAUGCAGCGGCGCUGGGAUUCGUCGGCGAGGUUUCGCGCGUGGACGCCACCGUCCUCCAUCCCAUCAUCGCCGCGGGCCAUAUCCCGGUUAUCGCCACCGUUGCCGCCGACGAGACUGGGCAAGCCUAUAACAUCAAUGCUGAUACGGCGGCUGGCGAGAUUGCCGCUGCCGUGGGCGCCGAGAAGCUGCUGUUGCUCACAGAUGUGUCUGGCAUUUUGGCGGACCGUAAUGACCCUGGGAGCCUGGUGAAGGUGGUCGACAUUGCUGGGGUGCGGAAGAUGGUGGCUGACGGGAAGGUAGCUGGUGGGAUGAUACCCAAGGUGGAGUGUUGUGUUCACGCCCUUGCACAAGGUGUACACACCGCAAGUAUCAUUGAUGGGCGUGUUCCACACUCUCUUCUGCUUGAGAUUCUCACAGACGAGGGCACAGGCACCAUGAUCACUGGCUGAGCUGCUUCAUGCCUUCAUGGUCGUGUGUUCGAAGCAGCCUCUAUGCAUUUGAAGUAGCCUCUAUGCAUUUGCGGGAGGAAGGCUUGCCUCGGAUUAUACCUUUCCUAGAACCACUCAUGUGGGAACCUCAGUCACUGGGUCUGCCCAGUAUUUAUUGUAUGCAGUUUAGAAUCAUUUGUUUUAAAGGAAUAGCUUCAAAUGAGAUUGUCCUGCAAAGGUUGUAAAACCUGUAAAGUACAUAUUUUUCUGUUUUUGUGCUGCGAAUAGAUGUGAUGCUUGUACUGGUUAGUAUUUCUCUUCAAUGAGUAGAUAAGACACAUCUAGACCGGAAUGAGAGAGAUAUCAGUAGCUUUAGUUAACUGAUUAACUGUGUAAAAUAAGGCUUUCGCUUCGAGUCCUCUGAAUAUCUUUGUAGCAUAAACAUUGUGUUCGAAACAAUAAUGGGCAUGUUUGGUACAACUUUUUCCUGAAGAGCGAGCUUAUCUGAGAAUCUGGGUUCGUGAAUAAUCUAACUGUCAAAAGAAUCUGGAUAUCACGGGGCUUGUGUGUGGAGGAAGAUAAAGGGGCCUAUAUGGUUUA